UGAAAAGCCUCUAUCUCCUCCGUGCACUGCGCUCUGCGCUGGCUCAUCUCUAAUAGGGGACUUUCACAUCCCCUCGUGACCGGCGCGUCCUCGGUGUGUCAUGUGACCUCAGCCGCCCGCACCGCACACUGACAGCAUCCUGGUGAGCGUGUGCAGAGACUGGGGGGACAACUGCACUGAUCAGAUAAUCCUGUACAGCCCCUGGGAUGACGUCGGCCGUGGAGCGUACGGACGACCUGGUGAGAGAGUACCUCACGUUCCGAGGGUUUACCAGCACCUUGAAACACUUUGAAGCAGACAUAAAGGCGGACAGAGAGAAGGGUUUCCGAGUGGACAGGAUUGUGGAGCAGCUGCUGCAGUUUAUCCAGAGUUAUGACCUGAAUGGGCUUCUGGAUUACUGGGGCUAUCUGGAGCGUCGCCUCUUCAGCAGAUUGGAGGAUGUAUAUCGGCCAACCAUCAACAAGCUGAAGACCAGCCUGUUCCGCUAUUACCUUGUCUGCACAAUACAGAGCAGUCGGACAGACAAAGCACAAGACUUCUUCCAGAAACAAGCGCCAGAGCUGCAGAACCAGGCUGAGUGGAAAGAAUGGUUUGCUCUCCCAUUUCUCCCAGCACCCGAUGCCAAUCCAACCUUCUCUACAUACUUUUCCCGACAGUGGGCAGACACCUUCACCGUAUCGCUGCACAACUUCCUGAGCGUCCUUUUCCAAUGCAUGCCUGCCCCAACUAUUCUCUGUUUUGACGCCGAGUGUCAGAGAAUUCUACACAUCCAGGAGGAGAACGAGUCACUGAGACAAAAGCUCUUUGCUCUUCAGGCAGAAGCUCACAGACUGAGAAAAGAAAGUGAUGACAGCCCUAUGGUGCAUCACAAGCUGCCUCACUAUGUCUCUAGUAUGGACCGGCUGGGAGACUCUGAGCUCAACAUGGUAUCUAGUCAAAGAAAUGCCGGAUCAACGGUCCAGUCGCAAAAGUCCUCGGGAUUCCUCUCCUCCUUGCUCCCGCAGAGUAAAAAAGCCGCACCGUCCAGGCCUCUGCCGGCCUCUGUAUCCUCACCGACACAGAGUUCCACGGCUCUGCCCCUCAAGAAGGAGCCGGUAAACAGUCAGGCCCAGAAAACUAAAGAGGUGCUUAGCUUACCUAAGGAGGUGAAGAGUGUGCAGAAUGUUCUUGGUGUGCCCAGCGUCAGCGAUCCCACUGUAGUGUUACAGAGACAGCGACGGCUGCAGGAGAGGAAAGAGCUCCUCUCUAAGGCACAGUCUCAGCAAAGCACAGAAAAAAAGCCUGAGGUGUUGGAGCCGGAACCUGAGCUGCGAUCCUCUGAAACCCAACAAGACAUGAUGGAUGCAUUAAUGAGGAUUGUUGGGGAAAACCGUGCAAGAGGAGAGAAACCCGAGCAACCCUUCAUAGUGCUGAGCCAGGACGAAUAUGGAGAGCACCAUUCAUCCAUAAUGCAUUGCAGGGUGGAUUGCUCGGGAAGGAGGGUAGCCAGUUUGGAUGUUGAUGGCGUGAUUAAAGUGUGGUCCAUCGAUGGCAUCAUGCAGACCAAGGCAUCUGUCAUCUCCAAGUCCGCUUUGCUGUCUCUGGAGUGGGCAACAAAGAGAGACAGACUGCUGUUACUGGGCAGUGAGGUUGGUACCGUCCGCCUGUAUGACACAGAAGCAAAGAAAAACUUGUGCGAGAUCAGUAUUGUUGAGGAUAUGCCAAGGAUCCUUUCCCUGGCAUGCAAUCCCAACGGGACUUCCUUUGUAUGUUCGGCGGCAGCGGUGUGCUCGCCCACUCACAUAGAACCGUCAGUCUCUGGUUUAGGGGAGAAUGGAAUCAACCAAGUGCCGGGGAGAUUACUGCUGUGGGAUACAAAAACCAUGAAACAACAGCUUCAGUUCUCCCUGGAACCCGCACCCAUCGCUGUGAACUGCACGUCAUUCAAUCACAAUGGCAACUUACUUGUGACCGGGGCUGCAGAUGGAGUCAUCAGAUUGUUUGACAUGCAGCAGCAUCAGUGUGCCAUGAGCUGGAAGGCACACAAAGGGGAAGUUUAUUCUGUUGACUUCAGCUAUGAUGAGAAUGCCGUGUACAGCAUUGGAGAGGACGGGAAGUUCAUCCAGUGGGACAUUCACAAGAGCGGCCAGAAAGUGUCGGAAUACUCUCUGCCCCCUGACGCCACCGGCCCCUUCAUGCUGUCCGGUUACAGCGGCUACAAGCAGGUCCAGUUUCCCCGCGGCAGGCUCUUUGCUUUUGACUCGGAAGGCAAUUACAUGCUUACCUGCUCGAGCCAUGGAGGAGUUAUCUAUAAGCUUAACAGUGACGGUAGUACACUAGAGAACUGCCUGUCUCUGGCUGGGCACCGGGCCCCCGUCGUCACGGUGGACUGGAGCACGGCGGUGGAGUGCGGCACUUGCCUAACAGCCUCAAUGGAUGGGAAAAUCAGAGUGACGACUUUAUUGGGCCAGAAAUCCUAACUCGUCAUCUCGCACCUUC